UGCUUGAAAUUGAAAAAUUGUUAAACAUUAUUGUAACUUUAAGUAUUAAAAUAUUUAUAGCACAAUGACGAAACUAAUGGAAUGGGUGCUGGCCGCCGGAGCCCUAGGAGCGAUCUGGUUAGCUCUAUUGACUAAUACAGUUGAAAAUUCUCUAGUAAAAGACCAUUUCAAAUUGUUGUUGUUAUCGCCGAUAAUUUUUGUUGUAUUAUUUGGGUUAUUCUCACUAGCCUUGGUUCUAUACAGAGUAUUCACCUUUAACAAUUGUGAUGAAGCUGCAGUGGAACUACAGAAGGAAAUUCUUGAAGCAAAAGAAGACCUCAAAAGACUGGGAUUUAAGUUUAAAGAAUAAAUGAAACUACUAAUUUUUGCAUGUACAAACCUUAGAUAUAUUUUAAAUUUAAAUAAGUACAAGAUGUCACUUGUAAAGUAAUAAAUAAACAAAUCAAUUUUUGUAAUAUAUAAUUAAAAGUGAAAUAGAAGCAAAUAUAAAUUCCCUUUUGAAGGAACUGAGCAAAUAAAUACAAUCCAUUAAACUAAUAUUAUAAUACCCAUAAUAAUAAAUUUGAAAAUAAUAUUAUAUAGGUACAUAUUAUCAAUAUCACUUGUAAAGUGAUAAAUUAACAAUUCAAUCCUUCUUAUAGAUUGAAAACUCAAUAGAAGCUAAUAAUAAUUAAUUCCCUACUGAAUAAACUUUUCAAGCAAAUGGAUACUAUCCAUUAAACUAAUACUAUAAUUGCAUAAAUUUGGAAAUAAUAUAUGUAUGUAUUUACAAAUACAUAUUUCAGCCUUCUUGCUUUAGCAAGGAAUCCUGGGUUUACAAACGCAAUAGUCCGGAUGUAGAACCCUACAGUUAGGAUUCCAAACGAGGAAAUUUGAAAUACCUUCUUUAGUCACCCUGGUAUAAGUGACAUCUAAUAAGUCCAAGUUGAGAUUUCUUAUGGAUAUUAAAGCUUCAUCUGUAAUUGCUCUGUAGCCUCUCAACGAGAGGCGACGCAAUCUAGUUUUGUUGGCGUCCUGAGGAAUUUUUUCAUAAUACCUGAAAUAAAUUCUAAAUUGGUUUUAGUCACUUUAUAUUGGUUGCUUGGUAGUACUCGUAGAGUCAUAACAGAUCGGACCAUUUGUUGAUCAGUCCAGAAGUUAUCAGCAUGGAUUUUGAUACACAGUUUUAUUUCGCUUCAACUCACAGUGGCUGUGGGUUUUUUACAGGGCAAAAUCAUUUUCAAACUCCUGUGUUAGUUUCCCUUAAGAUUUUUUUUCUGAAUCAACCAGUGAACUGACCUACUAAUUCUUACCUUUGUCUUAUCUGUUCCAUAAUAUGAUCAAAUCUAUCAGCCGUUCGGUGAUGUACUUGGAUUGAGUAAGGUGCUCUUACUGGGAACACAACUCGUUCAUUAAGAGUAACACUAAUAAUAAAUUAAAUUUCUUUAGAUACCUAGUGUGAUAUUUUUUCUAUUAACUAUGAAAUGCAUUCACUUUCUUCACUCCUUAUAGGUGAUUAUUUUAAUUUGAAUACUUAUGCAAAUUAGUAUAAAGAUUGAAAUAAGUGAUGAAGAAAACAUUGUGGUAUUUUAUAAUACCAGUAAUAAGGGAUAUUAAAUAUAUCUAUCAGGAGAAUUUCUAAUUUUAAUGCUUGUUGUAUAGCAAGCAUCUUUGAGUUUUGAAACUGUUUAUAAUAUACUUACAGUCUUGACCAUGACGUAGGUCCCGUAUUAACAACAGAACGACGGAAUACUGAUGUUGGGCGUGAGGGUGAAGGCUCAGCCAUAUUAGAACUGCUAGUGCUAGCUCCUGCUUCUGGUGGUAGUUUUUGCUUUUUUUGUUGGUCACUUGAACUACUGCUGCUGGGUCCUGGUUCAUCUUCUGCUUUUCUUUUGGGUGCUUGUCGGUUAGUUCCUGAGGUCGACGGACCUGGUUGGGGGCUACUAUUAAGAUAAUU